AUGGGCAAGCACCGCGAGAAGGAGGGGAAGAAGAAGCGAAAGCGAAAGCAUGGCUCCAGCUCGGCCAGCUCGGCAAGCGGCCGGGCCGGAUCCCGGCGUUUGCACCCGCAGGGUCUUGUGGUGCCACCUCUGGCAGCUGUGACGCUGAACUUAAACAAGGCGUUGCGAUCCAGGGAUGGCGUGAUGACACGGUUGCCCGUGCUGGGCCGAUGGAUGGUCGUGGCGUUGGCCGUGGGACUGGUGACCUUGGCCAUGGUGGGUCAUGCAGGGCCAGGCCGAGGUUUCCUCGAAAACCUCUCGCCGGGCCGUGUGCGAAGCCUGGCGGCCUCAAAGAGAAGCCUGACUCUGGCUCGCAGGGCACGCGUGGACGGCCAGUACGGUGUGUUGCCAGAGCCGCCCUCCCCGCUCAUCGAGUUGGAGGAGAAGGAUCCCGUGCUAGAGGCCCUGAUCACUGUGGUCCAGGCAGCGGACAAAAAGCGUGGUGUGGACAUUAGUGCCUUUUGGGUCAAGGAGGGCUUCGAGAUGAUCGUGAUGAUCACGGCCCUGUCCCGCCCUCAGCUUCAAGCCAUCGCCGGAGAGAUCGAGAACAAGAUGCGACACGAGUUACGCAUGAAGCGCCGAAAAAGCCAGUGGCCAGGGCAGACCAUCCGAGACGAGGCGGCAAACGGAUGGUGCUGCAUGGUGUAUCCCCGCAUGACCAUCAACAUCAUGACCCCGGUUCAGCGCUCGUACUAUGAUAUCGAGAGCAUUUGGAGGGAUGACAACGAGGAUUAUGAAAAAGUCCCGCUGCAGGAGGUACUUAGAGAAGAAGGCUUUGGUAAUCUCAGGGUGACUAAGGGGCUCAAAGAUCCAAACGACAUUACCCCACAGAGGGCAGAAGAUGCGGAAAUCCCACCUUCUGAGUACGAGCCAUUUGACGACGAUGAAGACCUUUACGAAGAAGACGAGGAUGAUCCUUUCUGGAGCGGGAUCUUGCCGCCAGCCUUCCCGCCAUUCUUGCUGCCGCCGCAGUGGGCGGCUUUCAUGCCUUCCGCCCACAGGGGCAAGAAGAAGAAAAAGAAGCGGAAGCGGGAAGAAAGUAGCAGCAGCAGCCGCGGUGGCGUUGCUGAAGGCACCGCUGCCUCCAAUGAUCAGGUGCUGCCUGCCUCUGACACAAAGGACACUGUCAGCGGCGCGGCGGCUGCGGAUCCAAAUGAGAUGACCGCCCUGGAUGCCCUUAUUGCGGGCUCCAUCGAGUUACCGGAGGCAGGCCAGACGAGCCGCAGCCACGGUUGGGACGGUGAGGCCUCAACCAAGGAGAAGAAGGAGGAGGUGCAGACGGCAAAGAGCGCUUCAGGGCCAGAUCUGGACCUCACGGAGGAGCCCCGUUCCAAGACCGGUCUAAAGCUCAUCGGCGAAGAAGCUCCUCCGACGCUGCCCUGGCAGUACGUGUUGAAGGACGAGACGCGUCGUUGCUUCGUUGGAUUCCUGCCUCGGACACUAGGCAAAGAAGUCUGUGCCAGCUUUUUCGAGAAGGCCCUCCAAGGUGCCGAAUGGAUACAACCAGCGGGCCCCAACGGGCCCAUCCCAAGAAAGACAGCGUGGAUGGUCUUCUUUGAGUGCGACUGUGCCUAUCGUUACGGUCGCAUCGAGGUGAAGCCCCAGCAGUAUCCCCAGUGGAUGUGCACCCUGAUGCACUGGGUGAUGCCCUGCUGCGGCAUCAACGAGCAAAAGGAUUGGCCGAACAGCUGCAACCUGAAUCUCUAUGAAAGUGGAGGUAUGUCCGUCGGCUGGCACGCGGAUGAUGAGCAGCUCUUUCAGGGGAAGCAGCGGGACUGCCGCAUCAUCUCCCUGUCGCUGGGGGCCACCCGCGCCUUCGAGGUCCGAUCGAACUGGUCGGAGCUCGAUUCCACCGUGCGCCUGGAGCUCGGGGACGGGGACCUUUGCACCAUGGAGGGUUUGGUCCAGAAGCACUUCCAGCACCGCGUACCGCGCGAGGACAAGGUCACGGGGCCUCGCAUCAACCUGACGUGGCGCUGGAUCGCACUUUGCCCGAAGAUGCGCGAAACAGCGCGUGCUCGCGCAGAGAUGGAAGUGGACUGCCCUCUUUUUCUCUCGCAAAGAAUGCGGAGAAUGCUGGCGUCCAUUCUUAAUGUUCCCAUAUCGGAGCCCGCAGGGGAGAGGGAGUUCGACUCCUCUGCGGUGGAGGAGAGCGUCGCCAAAGCCAUUGCAGCGCUAACCUUCAAUCACAACCUGCCUCCGUCAUACGUCCAGUACUUCCUGAGUCAAGAGCCGCAGCUGUGGAAAGCACAGCAGGACUCUGAUCACGAGCACGUCUACCGUUCGGUCUUGGAACGAGUCCAGCGAGGGCUCCGCGAGGAUCCGCUACCGAACGUCGACUUGAAUCCCAGCCCGGAGGACAGUCUGCGAAACUUGCAGACAGCUGCAGGGGCCUUGGAUGCCUCCACCAAUGCUGCUUACGGGACUGCAUCGACGAACAACGAGGAUGUGGUCCGGCAGCGCAGAGGGGAUUACACGACCAUGAAGGCUCGGUCCCCGUCCAAAACUGUUGUUUCGGACCCCUAUGUGUUUAGGCGCGUUAUGACCAACAAGCUCCCGAUUGCUCAGCACAAGACUGAAAUCACGGAGCUCAUCAGGGACAACCAAAUUGUGCUCAUUCAGGGCGAGACAGGAUGCGGCAAAACUACACAGGUGCCGCAGUACAUCUUGGAGGCAGCACUCCGCAUGCAGGCAGAAGCCAAGAAUGGCAAGGGAACAGACAAUCGCCGGCCGGUGCGGAUCGUCGUCACGCAGCCUCGGCGGAUUGCCGCCAUCACCGUGGCGAAGCGCGUUGCCGAGGAGCUGGGCGAAAAGGUGGGAGAAGGAGUCGUGGGCUACAAGAUCCGCGGCACGACAGUUGCCUCUCCAAAAUGUAAGCUGCUCUUCUGCACAACGGGCGUGGUUUUGCGCAGAUUGGCGAACGAGGGAUCAAAGUUCAUGUUCGGCCCAAAGACGGUCACGCACCUGCUGGUGGACGAGGUGCAUGAGCGCGGCGUGGAGACGGAUUUCAUGCUCACCUUCCUGCGCGAGAUUCGGGUGAACCGCCCCAACCUCCGUGUGGUGCUCAUGAGUGCUACCAUGGACACAGCGUGCUUUCUGAAGUAUUUCAGUCUUCCCGUGAAAGUUGCGAAUGUAGACGGUGGCGAGAUUGCUCUCAAGCAGCCGCCCAUGGUGGUCUGCCCUGCAUUCUGCCACCCGGUGGCGGAGUGCUACAUGGAAACCAUCAACGCUCGCCUUGGCCGCAACCGAUCUCCUGAAGCCAAGAGCCCGGAGGAGCUUCGCAGGGAGCCCACCGAAAUGUCAGAGAGUGAUGGCAUCGACUACGAUCUUAUUUUGAAGAUCGUGGAGGAGAUCGAGACUUCUCCGGACGGGGCCUGGACUUUUGCUCCAGAGUCCAUGCGAGCAACGGCGAAGGACCCCCACCGUGGUGCCGUCCUCGUUUUCUUGCCCGGGCUCGGGGAGAUCACGCAGCUGAUGUCCAAGCUAACAGAUGACAGCACGAUGUCGUCCAAGUGGUGGGUCUUGCCGCUUCAUGCGAACCUUCCGCCCGAGGAGCAGCAGCUGUGCUUCAGCACGUCACUUCCCACAGGUUGUACGCGGAAGAUCAUCUGCUCAACGAACGUCGCAGAGACUUCCGUGACGGUUCCUGACGUUACCGUGGUCAUCGACACCUGCCGAGAGCGUCGGAACCAGGUGGAUCGGCACAGCAACACGCCGAUGCUGCGCGAGCAGUGGUGUGCCCUGGAUUCCCUGAAGCAGCGCCGCGGUCGUGCUGGACGCGUCCAGCCCGGGGUUUGCCUGCGGCUCCUCCCGGAGAGGCACUUAGAGCGCUUGGAUGCCGUGUCUCCCCCGGAGAUGCAGCGGGUGCCUUUGGAGAACGUCUACCUGCAGGUGUGCGCCAGCGGCAUCGACGACAGGCGGGGUCCGCAGGAUCCGGGGAGAGGUGCCCCCCAUGUCGACAUUGCCAGGCCGGGCUUCCUGGCAAAGACGCCGGAUCCGCCCGACGAGCUCUCGGUGCUCUUUGCCGAGGUCCGGCCUGGGCACUUUACAGCGGUUUCCUGCGGCGAUGUAUCGCAGUCGGCAGAACUUGCGUUCCAAGAGACUCAUGGAAAGACCGGCUUCCGAUCCCCGAAUGUCCGAAGCGAGGCGGCCUUGCGGGACCUCGGUGCACUCGACCCGUCACAGCCCGACGGUCUCACGCCGCCCGGGGCCCUUGGAAUCUUCUUGCUGCUCCUUGGUUUGGGAGAGCUUGGCCGCCACUUGGCUGCCCUCCCCUGCCACCCACGCCUGGGCAAAAUCCUGGUGCUCGGUUGCCUGCUGGGUGAGCCCAGCCCCUGCUUGAGCAUUUGUGCAGCGAUGUCCGUGCGGAAUCCCAUGAUGACGACGCAGGACACCAGCAAGCGGGCGAGCUGGCAGAGUGCGAGGAUGGAGAUGGUGGCGGAAAUCGGCACCCGGAGCGACCACUGCGCGUGGGCACACAUCGUGCAAGAGUGGCGCUUCGGCGACAUGAAGCAGCGGGAGCUCUGCAAGAAGCUGGGGCUCUCCUUCGAGCGCAUGGCCUCCUCCAUGUUCGAGCGCCGGCACUUGCUCGAGUCCCUGGUCCAAGUGGGACUCCUUCCGGGAAAUUUCAAGGACUUGGAGUGGGAGCAGAAGAACAAGGUUCCAGACUGGAACCUCGUCCGUGCUGCCGUGGUUGGGGGCCUGUACCCCAACAUCAUCCACGUCUCGCGGAAUCCCCCGAAGUUCCAGAGUGCGACCAUGAUGGACAAGGCCAAGUACCUCACCUACCAGGUGCUGCAGAGGCAUGUGAAGAUGGAGCAGCAAUCCUAUCCAAAACGCCUCAACGUGCACCCGAACUCGCUGAUGUUUGGCCACGAUCAGUUCCAUUGCCCGUGGUUAGCCUACUACACCAUCCAGCAGACCAGUAAGCUCUAUGCCUACGACGUCUCCGAGGUGAGCCCUUUUGCUUUGCUCCUUUUCGGCGGUGAUCUGGAGACAAAUCACGGUGGCAUCGAGGUGGGGAAGUGGGCCACCUUCAAGUGCCGGGGCGGUAAGCAGCUCUUGCCCCUCCUGCAGGCUGCCCGAAAGGCCAUUCAGGACGUCCUGGAGAGGAAGCUCGAGGACUUGAAGUUCGAUCUCAGCAGCUCCAAGGAGCUGCGAGCCUGCAUCGAGCUGCUCAAGUGCAAUGGCCUAGGCUUUCGCAGAGAGGACCCAGCCGACAUCGUGCGGUGCAGUGACGGGCAGGAUCGUGAGUUCAACGAGCUCGAGAACGAGACAGCUUACAUGACGCGGCCAGUGGCGCGGCUCUACGAUGCCCAGGCAGAUUCGGGCACAGACACCCCGAAGGAGCUGAAGUGCCAACCCGACUCUGAGCUCUUUCAGCAAGUCGUCGCCAGCAAAGACAGGCACCUCUUCUUCAGUCAGAGGAAGGCCACGACAGUUCCCUUCCAGGACAUUCUGGGAAUUCCACGUUCCUGCGAAAGCUGGAAAGACAAACCGCAGUGCUGCACGAGGAUGUUUUACAAGCGCCUGGGUGACGAGACUCAGCCCAUGGCAAAGGAGCUCGCAUAUGUCCAGGAUCAGUACAGGCACUUCAGAGAGGACACCGUUCAGUUUGCGUUGGAGGCGCAGAUGGAUAAACAGUCACCUGAGACGGAACGGUUGAACGAAGCAGCCGACAUAGCGCAACAAGGCGUAGAGCACGUUUUGGACUUCAUCAACCAAUGCGAAGAUCCGCUACGACUGUUCUUCGCGUCUAUGGCGUGUUCACUUUGUCGGCCUAACUUGGACGAUUACCUGACUGAAGGGACGAUCCUGCAGAUCAGUGGAGAAAACGUGACUGAGCUCGCGAAGAACUGCUCCAUAAUGCCAAAAAAGCUGAAAAAGGCAGGAAAGCUCUUCAUGCAAGCUCGCAACGUCCUCAGGGAGAACAACACUUGCCAGGAGCGUUGGUACGUGCACACUCAAACCUGGCUUGACCGAGCCGCGAGAUUGUCCCUCCUCCGGUCCAAGGACAUCCGACCCAAGUAUGUGGAGAGCACCUUUCUCAAGGCAUUGCAAAGCAAGGGCUACGUCUACGAGCCCGAGGAAUGGGGCGACGUCCUUCUGCUCCACAUCUCUGUCCUUGCGACAGAUGACGAGAGACGUACCUUCGUGGCGCAAGAUGAGAUGCGUUUCUUCGUGCCGAAGGAGUCCAGGAUCCAAGACAUGCGAGAGAAGGCAAAAAACCUUGACGACCCCGACUUCUCAGAUCACACGGACGACCGCACGGACGACGAAGGUGUGAGCAACACAGAUGACGACGACAGCGACAACGUCACGGCAGAAGCCAACAACGGCGCAAACUCGCUGUCCGAGCUCAGUGAGACGUCUGAGAUGUCCGAGGACCAGGAGCUGAAGUGUGUGAACGGCAGAAAGCGGCGCUGGCACUGCCAGUGCCACCACUGCUGGACGGGUGUCAGCUGCAACGUGAAGAUGGUCGAGGGCCCGGGCAUCAACCAGGAGUUUGAGCCGCUGGUGGCAGAGAGGGCGGCUGGAGCAGGAGGCUAUCACCAGGAGCUGGCCGUGCAAGGUUGUCAACUCCACACGGAUCUCCGCUACCAGUUGGCCCGCGUCACCUUGGUCCCGAUCAGUGAAGCUGCGGAGGGGAGGAGGAAGACCGAGGAUCUGUGCAAGGCGCCACAGGGUAGCUACAGCAAUGCGCUGCGCUUGAAGAUUCCGUCAAGAGUGUCGCGCAGGCAGUACGUCUACUCGAUCGAUGCCCCCAUCGGUGCUUUCGCAAGGUAUGAAGUUUGCUACUGCUACGGAGUGGAGUGCUUCGACGACAAAGACUGGCAGACGAAAGCGAGCUUAGCUGGAUGGUCCAGCGUGGGCCAAGUAGAAGUGGUCAACACCGAAGAAGAGCGUGAUGCCGUCGUCUUGAAGAUGUUCGAACCUACGGCCCUGAAGGCUCGAUGGAUUCGGGAGCAGCCGGCCAAGCUCUGUAAAACAGACUGGUACUUGAAGGAGCAGGAGACGUUCUUCUUCGUCCGCCGGGGGCAAAACGUCUUCUUCAACUGCAGCGAGGGCUUCCAAAACUUGAAGGGGGUCGAGCAGCUGACUUGCCACAACGGCGCCUGGAAGGUGGCGAAGCAUUCCGAGGACAAUCCCAUGGAGCAAAAACUCUCGCCCCCGGACAUGGCGGUCUGGGAGCAGGGACAGUUUCCCGAGUGUUCUUGGAAACACGCCGGCAGCUGCACCACGGACGAUCCCCUAAGCGUGGUAUCGCCUCGAAGCCCGCCGAUUACCAACGACUUCUCCGGGGAUGGCCGGGUACACUACCGGUGCAACCCUAAGAAGGGCACUGGGCAGCCCAUGCGCCUUGUAGUCUGGGAGCCGGAGCUCAACCUCACCAAGGGAGCGCAGGUGAUCUUCGACCGCAGCAAGGUCGCCGAAGUCCUGAGCUUCCAGGAGAAGAAGUAUCAGAUCAAGCUGCUGGAGAGUGGCGAAGAGAAGACGGCGGAGACGGACAAAAUAGAGUGGCUACCGUCGGACACGAGCUACGUGCGUUGGUGUGGCGAAAAAGGUAAGUAUGAGCCCAGCGAGGUAAAGAUCCGCUGCUUGCUGGUCCUGCCUUCUGAGACGGAGAAGGAGGAUGCCGACGAUGAUCAGUCGGCCAAGGGCGACUUUGCCUCUGGUGCCUUCGUGCCCGAGCAGGAGGCAACGACCACGACCACGCAGCAGGUGGCCGCUGCCUCGCUACUGGAGCAGAGUGGCUCCUCCCUUCUCGAGGCCUCGGCAAGUGGUGGCGGUGCUGUCCGUGCUAAGGCUGCGCUGGUUGAGCAGGCUGUGGACAGAUCCCCGUCUCUGAAGCUGCAGCCAUGGCCGGUGAUGUUUUCUCAAGAUGCAGAACACGUCCUCCACGUCGACAGCUGCUGGAUGAGUGCCAUGAACUGCAGCGACGGCACCGUUGCGAAGGACACUGUCCGGUCAAUGCAGAAGGAGUCUGUGAUGCUGGAGAUGCCACCGGCAGCCUCCGAGGAGGCGGUCCAACGUAGUUGGGGCCUUGCAGGCUGUGCCGCACUGGCCCUCAUUCUCGGUCUCAUGCUGCUGGGCUGGUCAAGCCAAAGCCCUUCGCCCUCGCAGACCGGCAAGCGCCGGAUGUCGAAGUGA